AUGGUGUUGGUCCAAAUUUUCACGACAGGGUUGGUGUUGCUCACGAAAGUCGUGGUGGACAGUGGGUCACUUGCUUGGACCUUGCUCACAUACCGCUUCUUCCUUGGCGCCAUCUUGACAAUUCCCUUGGCGAUGUUCUUUGAGAAAUUCACAAUUCCUGGUCUCUACUACAUUGGCCUCGGAGACACAUCACUAGGAUACGCGAUAAACUUCUAUAACAUCAUCCCGAUUGCCACAUUCAUCCUCGCGGUCCUUUUCAGGAAGGAGUCACUGGACAUGAGGAGCCUGGUGGGGAACAUCAAGGUCAUUGGAACCCUAGUCUGUGUUGGAGGAACGCUGGUGAUCAGCCUGUACAAGGGCAAGGUGCUGCACCUUUGGCCCACCAAUAUCAUCGGCUACCACCCCAAACAAGCCGGAGCUGUGUUUGGUCACCACCAUGUGCGUGGAACCGUCUUGCUCAUCACGAGCUGCCUCAGCCUCGCCGUUUGGUAUACAGUACAGGCAAUACUCAACACUGCUGCCAAGUUUGUGAUGAUUUCGUGGGUCAUCACGCAGCGUGGGCCAACCUAUCCGGCCAUGUUUUGCGCCGUGUCGGUGUUCUUCACUACUAUUCUUGACUCGUUGCUUCUCGGCCAUGAUCUGUCCGUUGGGAGUGUUCUAGGCAUGUUCAUGAUUCUAGCUGGGCUCUAUCUUUUCCUUUGGGGAAAGAGAAAAGAAUCGGUACCUCCGAGUGAAGAAAAUCCAACGAAACAAAUGUUGUUUCAGAAUGGAGACAAGAAUGAUAAAUCAGUAGCUAAUUCCUCCAGCAUUGACCCUGCAUUAUUGUAUCUCUCCACUGCCUCAUGCUUUUCCUCCUGUCUAAAAGGAUCGAGAUGA